UCCCGUAGUCACGAGUUAAAAAAAAUGCACAACAAGCUGACCUCAGUGACCUGUCCCAACUUCUCCACUUUUUAUACUUUCGGAGCCUCAUACUGUAUAUAAAUUCAUGUUGGAAACCACUUUCAAAUUUUCAACUUCUCUCUCUAUUUCUCUCUCUCCAAUUCUGUCAUUUCAAACCCCGCUUACCAACCCAUUUCCAACUUUUCUAGGGUUUUAUUCUUCCUUAAUUCAAGAACCACUCGAGGAAUUUUCUUGUUUGAUCGCCUAGGUUUUUGUUGAUUCAGCGAUUAUCUAAAAGGGUUUCUUUUAGAUCUUUGAUCGGGUGUUGGAAACUUGAAUCAUCAUCGCGUUCUGGAAACGGGGUUUUGUUGUUUAAACACCAUUAACAUUAUCAUCAGGUCAAAUUGAGAGAGGGUUAUUGGAUUCCUUCAGAAGUAUGGGCAAAAAAACUUAUGACAGUCCAAAAGAUUCUCCACGGAUGGAGGUAGGAGAGAUAGACACCAGGGCGCCAUUUGCCUCUGUCAAAGCUGCUGUUAGCUUGUUUGGUGAAGCAGCCUUCUCAGGCUCGGGUGAGAAGCCUGUCAUUAAGAAAUCAAAACUUCCUUCUACAGAGAGAGUGUUGGUGAAGGAGACACAGCUCCACUUGGCACAAAAGGAAUUGAACAAGUUCAAGGAACAGCUGAAAAAUGCUGAAACCACCAAGGCUCAAGCACUUAAUGAACUUGAAAAAGCCAAAAGAACAGUUGAUGACCUGACACAGAAGUUAAAGACAAUAAAUGAGUCUAAAGAGUCAGCAAUCAAGGCAACAGAAGCUGCCAGGAAUCAGGCCAAGCAACUUGAAGAAGCAACUGCUGGAAAUUCUCUACAAUCCAAUGCUGCUUGGGAACAUGAUCUAGAUAGUGCUAGAGAACAGUACACACUUGCCCUUUCUGAACUUAAUGUUGCAAAGCAAGAACUCACUAAAAUACGUCAGGAUUAUGAGGUGUCAAUGGAAGCGAAAGCUGCCGCUUUCAAGCAAGCUGCAGAAGCUGAAAACUCAGCUAAAGCUAACACAGAGAGGGCAUCUGAGAUAUCUAAGGAGAUUUCAGCUGCAGAGGAGUCACUGGUGGAUGUUAAACAUGCUGCAAUGCAGGCGCAGCAAGAAAGAGUUAACAUUCUAUCUGGAAAAGAGGCUCAGCGCCAAUCUUAUGGGGCUGCUCUAAAAGAAGCAGAGAACAAGUUGGAAUCAUUCAAGAAAGGAUUUGAUCCCACUCUUCCUGGGAGUCUGGAGGCUAAGCUGGCUGAAACUGAUGCCGAGAUUGGUGCUUUGAAAAAAGAAAUGGAAAAUGCAAAGGCUUCUGAUCUGGAUUCUGUUAAAUUUGUUACGUUGGAGCUUGAUGAUGCUAAAGAGUCACUACAAAAAGUAGCCGAGGAAGAGAACUCCCUUCGAAGCCUCGUGGAGUCAUGUAAGACCGAGCUAGAGAAAGUGAAGAAGGAGCAUUCUGAACUGAAAGAGAAAGAAGCUGUGACUGAAUCUAUUGCUGGGAGUCUGCACGUGCAGCUGCGUAUAUGUAAAGCUGAACUUGAGGCAGCUCUUGCAGAAGAAAGCAAAGCAAAAGAUGCUUCUGAUGAACUGGUCACAACCAUCCAACAGCUGUCAUUGGAGUCUGAAAACGCUAGAACAGAAGCAGAACAGAUGAAAAAGAAUGUGGAAGACUUGAAAAAAGAAGCCGAAGAAACCAGACAUGCCUUAGAAGAAGCAAAGAAAAAACUAGAGAUAGCUUUGAAUGAGGCUGAGGAAGCCAAAACGGCGGAGACCAAAGCUCUAAGUCAGAUUAAGGUUUUAUCAGAAAGAACUAAUGCUGCCCGGGCCUCAACUUCAGAGUCUGGUGCAAAGAUCACUCUCUCGACUGAGGAAUUUGAAUCCUUAAAUAGGAAAGUUGAGGAAUCUGAUGUGUUAGCUGAAAUGAAAAUAGCUGCAGCAAUCGCACAGGUGGAAGCCAUAAAAGAGAGUGAGAAGGAAGCUCAAAGGAAGUUGGAGACAAAUUGGAAGGAGAUUGAGGAGAUAAAAGUUGCAACAGAAGAAGCUACAAAAAGAGCAGAGAUGGCUGAGAUGGCAAAGAAAGCAAUAGAGGGAGAGCUUCGCAGAUGGAGGGAAAGAGAGCAAAAGAGAGCUGCUGAAGCUGCAAGCCGAAUUCUAGCAGAAACAGAAGCUGCCUCAUCUCCUGAUUCAUCCCCAGCUCCUCCAUUUCAGCCCAAGCUCAUGAAGAAGCAGCCAUCAGAGAAGAAAUCAUCCCCAGUGAAUGAGAAGUUUCAGAAGGCAUUUUCAGAGAAGAUUAGUAAGUCACGAAAGUUUGAUAAAAACAAUGGAUCCAAAAAGCUCUUGCCUUCUCUGAGUGGCAUCUUUCAUAAAAAGAAGAACCAAGUCGAAGGUGGGUCACCGUCUUAUCUUCCAGGCGAGAAUCCGGUAUGACUUUCAGUUCAUUGCAAAAUAUCAUGACACGAGACUGUUGCACAUAUUGGAUAUGAGUGAGUGGAUGUUUGUUGGGGAAGAAGAAGAACAAGUUAAUGUAGUGGUUUGGUUGUGUAUAUUGUGAGAGCAGUAUAAUGAAUUAUCUUGUCUUGUUUUCUCCUCUCCGCUCUCUAUAAAUAAUCUUGAGAAUGAAUAUCUACCUAGAAAAACAAGCAGGUAGAAACCCAUAUACCUUAUCCCACUGAAGAUUCGGCUUCUUCCCUGAGUAACUAUUAUAGUAGUUGCACCAAGGGUAUUAUUCCUUUACCAAGGGAGUUACUCCUUACAUGUACGUUUUCUUACUUGCAUAAUAAUAAUGGUUGCCCAGUGGAAUCCUUGUUU